CUACAGCUGCUGCUUGAUAAGUUUACCAAAAUGUUUGAAGAUGCAACAACUAGGAUGAUCAAUGCAGAUACAACAGAGAAAAAGAAACUAAACCUUAUAACUAUCUCUAAAUUCAAUGAAAGGAAAAAUGAAGACCCUAUAGAAUGGUUUGAGUCAUUUGAUCAAGCUGCUAAAACCAACAAUUGGAGCAAAGAAAGAAGGAUUACAAUUGCUAUAGGUUAUCUUAGUAAUCUAGCAGCAAAUUAG